AAACGGACAUACGGGUUCUUAGCUAGUUACCGUACCUCAUAACGACUGUUUUGUUCGUACUGUGUUUUGUCUAUUCUUAGCCGAGCCGAAUAGUAAAAAUGACGACUCAGCUGGAAGUGACUCGCUUAUGGAACGACGGCGUUCUCAAAUCGGAUCAGAAGGACUUCGCUGGCGCGUUAGAAAUUCUCAAAAAAAUUACAGAUCCGACAUCGAAAGUCACAUUCGAUAUUGGAUGCCUCUGUCUUCUCAAUGGAGACCUCAACACUGCAGUUGAAUUUCUUGACAAGUCAGUGCGGAAGGAUAAGCAUAUGGUGGUCGGAUUCGUUCAACGUGGUAUUGUGAAAUACAAACUGGGCAGGUAUCCCGAUGCACUGAGUGACUUUAACAACGCGUUGGCUUCGUUUAAUGGCAAUCUGAUCGACUACAAGCAACUCGGAAUGAAACUAAAGCUCUACGCUUGUGAGAUUUUAUUGAAUCGAGCUGCAUGCUAUCAGAGGUUGGGAAAGCUGAACGAAGCUCAAACAGAUCUUGCUGAUGCCGUGGAGGGGAAGUCAAUUCCAGCUCACAGUAUAAUCGAUGAUGCCAUUGAUGCAUUCCAGAGUGGAAGUAUCAUUUGUUUGUAUGAACUACCUGCCGAUGCAUUGUACAGACCUCCCAGCUACAAGACAGACCACAUGGAGAAACGCCACCAUCUAGGCAAAGCAAUGGUGCUGGCGUCAGUGAAGGACAAGGACACGUAUACUGGGUUUGAAGGAGCAUUGAAAUUUCCAAGAACUCCUUCACCCACACCAAAGCGAAAACCAUUAACAGAUGACAAAACAGUUCUACAAGCUCGGAAGUCACCUACACUGCCAGCCAUGCGACUGAGGGGUACAGAGAACACAUACAAAGCUCUCUAUGAUUUCACGCCAGGUACAAUGUCGGAGAUUGCAAUGAAUGAAGGUGACAUACUGAUGGUCUCAGAGAAAGGUGACGAUGGUUGGUAUACAGCAGUGAAUUCCAGAACUCACCAAAAAGGCCUCAUACCAGGAAGUUAUGUACGGGAACAAAGACAGGCAAGUCCUCACACAAAAAGAACGUCUUUACCUUUAACCAUUGAGCCAUCAUCCAAGACACUUCCUGUCGGUCUGUCAGCAUUUCAACCCCCAAAGGGUCGCCCUAAAUCUCCAGUUUCAUCUCCGAAAGCAUCACCAAGAGGUUCGCCAAUGAGGACUGUUGCAAAGUCUCCCGUUGUAUCCCCAAAAUCAUCACCAAGAGCUUCUCCAAUGUUAGGCAGGAGGUCACCAAGAGUCAAGGAUGUUGUCGUCAAACUUCACUAUCAGGAUACCCGGGCUAUUGAGGUUCCACAGGGAUUGACUCUUGCCGAUCUUACAGCCAGAGCCAAGAAGAAAUUUGAUGUUGAGUACAAACAAAUCUCACUUUGGAAAGAUAUUGGCUUUCAACUUGGAUGCAUCAGUUCUGAUAGAGACAUGGAAGAUACAUGGAAGUCAGUCACUAAUGGUCAGUUGACUCUGUGGAUGUUUGAGGAUAAGAUAAACCAGAAAGGAGUUCCAUAUAUUUAUGAAGCAGAAGCACUGUAUGACUAUGAUGCAGGACAAGCAGGUGACCUGGGAUUCAGAGAGGGAGAUAUAAUCCAGGUAAUCAUAGAAGUGAAUGAAGAGUGGCUCGAAGGCCGUUCACGUGGCAACAUGGGAAUAUUUCCAAAGUCAUACGUCAAGAGACUCUGAUGGCUCUAUGCAUGGUCGUAACUUAGCUAAAUCAUUGAAAUUUUAAUGUCUACUGGAGAGUAUGUGAGAUAUAAUAUACAACAGGUUUAGCUAGAUCAUACGUCAGCUAUUGGACUUUUUCUAAGUGUGUCUGAUUGAUAACGAAAUAGAUGGUCUGGUGUGUGAGUUUUAUCAGAUUGUGACGACACU